CCCCUGCGCCCCUCGCCGGCCCGGGCGUCGCGGGCCGACAUGGGUCAGGAAGAGGAGCUGCUGCGGAUCGCCAAGAAGCUGGAGAAGAUGGUGGCCAGGAAGAACACGGAAGGAGCCCUGGAUCUUCUGAAGAAGCUGAACAGCUGUCAGAUGUCCAUCCAGCUACUCCAGACGACCAGGAUAGGUGUUGCCGUUAAUGGGGUUCGCAAGCACUGCUCAGACAAGGAGGUGGUGUCCUUGGCCAAAGUUCUCAUCAAAAACUGGAAGCGGCUACUAGACUCCCCUGGACCCCCCAAAGGAGAAAAAGGAGAGGAAAGAGAAAAAGCAAAGAAGAAGGAAAAAGGACUGGAUUGUUCAGAUUGGAAGCCAGAAGCAGGCCUUUCCCCACCGACGAAAAAGCGAGGGGAAGAGCCCAAAGAGAGGAGGGACUCUGUGGACUCCAAGUCUUCGGUAGCCUCCUCUCCAAGAAGGCCGUCGAUGGAAAGAUCAAACAGCAGCAAAUCAAAAGCAGAGACCCCCAAAACACCCAGUAGCCCCUUGACCCCUACCUUUGCCCCCUCCGUCUGUCUCCUGGCACCCUGCUAUCUCACGGGGGACUCUGUUCGGGACAAGUGUGUGGAGAUGCUCUCAGCGGCCCUGAAAGCUGACGAUGAUUACAAAGACUACGGAGUCAACUGCGAUAAGAUGGCAUCAGAAAUUGAAGAUCAUAUAUACCAGGAGCUGAAGAGCACGGACAUGAAGUACCGGAACCGUGUGCGGAGUCGAAUCAGCAACCUCAAGGACCCCAGGAACCCCGGCCUGCGGCGGAAUGUGCUCAGCGGUGCCAUAUCUGUGGGGCUCAUUGCCAAGAUGACAGCUGAGGAAAUGGCCAGUGACGAGCUGAGGGAGUUGAGGAACGCCAUGACCCAGGAGGCCAUCCGUGAGCACCAGAUGGCUAAGACGGGCGGCACCACCACUGACCUUUUUCAGUGCAGCAAAUGCAAGAAGAAGAACUGUACCUACAACCAGGUGCAGACACGCAGUGCUGAUGAGCCCAUGACUACCUUUGUCUUAUGCAAUGAAUGUGGCAAUCGCUGGAAGUUCUGCUGAUAGAACUGCCGGCCAGAAUUUCAGUGACCAGGAUGAGGAAGAACAAAGAAAACCCACUAAGCUAUCAUAACUGGAGAAAAAAUAAAAAUGAAAAUUGAAGAAAAAGGUUGGCCACUGAAUGGGGUAGUAGGGAAGAGAGGGAAAAUUCUUUUGCCAACUAAUAAUUAGCUAUUAAUAAUGACAAAUU